UUAGCUACUUCAUCUGAAUUUUGAAAAUUAGGAAUUUAGGAUUUCAAGGUUUGGGAAUUUAUUCCUGUAGUUUUUUUUUUCUUGAAACAAAUAGGAAAUUUCAAAUUCGUGUGGCUACCCAAUUCAAAGGUUUUCCAAUUUGGAUCAAUUACUGCAAGAAAACUCAGAGAACCCAUAAUUCAAAAUCUCUUCUUUCAUCUAUUACUGUCCUUUUCUUCGGGUUUCUUAUUGAUUUGUCUCUGAGUUUGAUAUUGUAAUCAAGGGAAUAUAUAUAAUAUAAAAGAAAAACAAUGGCCUCUUAUAGGCCAUUUCCUCCACAAUCCUUUCCUCAUCCACCACCACCACCAGCGCCAGCACCAAAUCAAAACCCUCUUCCACCCCAACAACAUUAUGAUCAAAAUUACAGUCAAAUGAAUCUGAAAUCGAAUUACCAUUACCCUCCUUCAAGACCGCCACCACAACAGCAGCAGCCACUGCCACCACCUCCGCCUCCACAGAAGCAGUAUACAUAUCCCCCUCCGCCUCCUCCACCUCCAGAUUCUUCCUAUCCACCUCCCCCACCCCCUUCUUUGCCUCAAAAUACCUUCAACUCACAGCCACCGAUGUAUUAUCCACCUUCACAGUACUCUUCACAGUAUAGCAAUCCAGCAAUGCAGCCACCUCCUCCGCCACCUCCCCCAAGUUCUCCAGGUUCUUCAAUCCCUCCACCACCUCCUCCAAGUUCUCCUCCACUACCUCCUCCAAGUUCUCCUCCACUACAGCCUCCUCCCAAGGAGAGUGCUGGGGACAAGAGGUUAAGUGAGCGCAGUAAAGGGGGGAAUAGGGAUUAUUCGGGUUCUGGUAGGCGUGAACAUGGUCAUUCUGAUAACGGGAUUGGAAGUAGAGAGCACAAGCCAACUUUGCCUCCUUCAAAGAAGCCAAAUGCACCUGCACGAAGGGUGGAGACGGAGGAAGAAAGAAGGUUGGGGAAGAAGAGGGAGUUUGAGAAGCAAAGGCAAGAGGAGAAACAUAGACAGCAGGUGAAGGAGUCCCAGAAGGCCCAAAUGAUAUCUUCCGCCAAAGGGCAUUGUUCGAUGAUAGGCUCACGGAUGGGAGAUAGGAGAGCUACACCGUUUUUGAGCGGUGAGAGGAUUGAGAAUAGAUUAAAGAAGCCAACUACGUUCUUAUGCAAGUUGAAAUUCCGAAACGAACUUCCUGAUCCAAGUGCACAGCCUAAACUUAUGGCCGUGAAGAAUGAUAAAGAUAGGUUUACAAAGUACACUAUCACUUCUCUGGAGAAAAUGUACAAGCCCAAGCUUUUUGUUGAGCCAGAUCUUGGGAUACCACUUGAUUUGCUUGACCUCAGUGUAUACAAUCCUCCUAGUAUUAGGCCACCUCUUGCCCCAGAAGAUGAGGAACUCUUGCAUGAUGAUGUAACUUUAACCCCUGUUAAGAAAGAUGGCAUAAGACGAAAAGAAAGACCCACUGACAAAGGUGUUUCUUGGCUUGUUAAAACACAGUACAUUUCAUCACUUAGUGUGGAAUCAACUAAACAGUCCUUGACUGAAAAGCAAGCUAAAGAACUUCGAGAACUUAAGGGAGGCCGCAAUCUUUUGGAGAACCUUAACAAUAGGGAAAGACAAAUAAAAGAAAUUGAGGCAUCAUUCGAGGCAUCCAAGUUACGUCCUGUUCAUGCAACCAAUAAAAACUUAGAGCCCGUUGAAGUUAUGCCUCUCUUACCUGAUUUUGAUAGGUAUGAUGAUCAGUUCGUUAUGGUGGCAUUUGAUGGUGCUCCUACAGCUGACUCAGAAAUCUUCAGCAAGUUGCAUGGCUCUGUUCGUGAUGAGCAUGAAUCAAGGGCCAUUAUGAAAAGUUAUGUGGCACCAAGCUCAGAUCUGGCAAAUCCCGAGAAAUUUUUGGCAUACAUGGUGCCUUCCGUUGGUGAGCUAUCAAAGGACAUGUAUGAUGAGGACGAAGAUAUGUCAUAUUCUUGGGUUCGCGAAUACCAUUGGGAUGUACGGGGUGAUGAUGCAAAUGACCCAACAACAUUCCUUGUUUCAUUCGAUGAGGGAGAAGCUCGCUAUGUGCCUCUUCCGACAAAGCUUAAUUUAAGAAAAAAAAGGGCCAGAGAAGGAAGAUCUGGCGAUGAGAUUGAACAUUUUCCAAUACCUUCUAGAAUUACUGCAAGGAGGAGAUCAACAGUUGCUGCAAUAGAACUGAAAGAGCCAGAGGUUUAUUCCAACAUGAGGGAUGGUAUUUCAAGCUUGAAGCUAGGAAGGUUGGAUGCCGAAGAUGGGCUUGGAAGACCUCGGAAGCUUUCACGACAUCAAGACAUCGAUCAGUACAGUGGAGGUGAAGAUGACUUUUCUGAGUGAUUCAUAAAAUGAACGGUGGAAGCUAUUUAGAACAUUUUUGAUGAGUUAUUUGUGUAAGUCAAACCAAAUAAAUCAAAGAUUGGCCCAUUGUAUUCCUAACAUAUAUAUUU